GCGGCGGCGAGGCGGCGGCGGAGGCGCGACGACGGCCCCGCAGCCGGCCGCCAUGAGCACCAAGCAGGUUACGUGCAGGUACUUCAUGCACGGCGUGUGUCGGGAGGGCAGCCAGUGCCUGUUCUCGCAUGACCUGGCGAACAGCAAGCCGUCCACCAUCUGCAAGUACUACCAGAAGGGCUUCUGCGCCUACGGAACCAGGUGCAGAUACGAUCACACCAGGCCCUCAGCGGCAGCAGGCGGCGCCAUGGGGCCUGUUCCCCACGCCGGGCCUUCCCCAGGCACGCACAGCCCGCACCCUCCUGACCUCGCCACAUCCACCGUGAGAAUGCACGCGCACGAGCCGGGGAAGCGGGAGAAGAGGACGCUGGUUCUCAGAGACCGCAAUCUGUGUGGCGUGGCUGAGGAGAAGACGUCCGUGGGCGUGGCGAGUCACCCGGGCGGCUGCAGCGACGCCCAGAUGGGCCUGGAGACCAAGCCGCACUCCUACCUGGACGCCAUCAGGAGCGGGCUGGACGCUGCGGAGGCCGGCGGCUCCUGCGGCGGGGAGCAGCUCUGCCCCUACGCCGCCGCUGGCGAGUGCCGCUUCGGGGACACCUGCGUCUACCUGCACGGGGACGUGUGCGAGAUCUGCAGGCUGCGCGUGCUUCACCCCUUCGACCCCGAGCAGAGGAAGGCGCACGAGAAGAUGUGCAUGCUGACGUUUGAGCACGAGAUGGAGAAGGCCUUCGCCUUCCAGGCGAGUCAGGACAAAGUGUGCAGCAUCUGCAUGGAGGUGAUCCUGGAGAAGGCGUCGGCCUCAGAGCGGAGGUUCGGGAUUCUGUCCAACUGCAACCACACCUACUGCUUGUCCUGCAUCCGCCAGUGGCGGUGUGCCAAGCAGUUCGAAAACCCCAUCAUCAAGUCGUGUCCCGAGUGCCGUGUUAUAUCAGAGUUCGUAAUUCCAAGUGUGUAUUGGGUAGAAGAUCAGAAUAAAAAGAACGAGCUGAUCGAGGCUUUCAAGCAGGGAAUGGGGAGGAAGGCUUGCAAGUACUUCGAGCAAGGGAAGGGGAGCUGCCCCUUCGGAAGCAAGUGCCUGUACCGCCACGCCUACCCUGAUGGGCGCCUGGCAGAGCCCGAGAAGCCCCGGAAGCAGCUCAGCUCUGAGGGCACCGUGCGGUUCUUCAACUCUGUGCGGCUGUGGGAUUUCAUCGAGAACCGGGAGACGCGGCAGGCGCCCGCCACGGACGACGACGACGUGGCCGAGCUCGGGGAUCUCUUCAUGCACCUUUCCGGAGUGGAGUCGCCAGAAACCUAGUCAGGGGUGCUCCCGACUUGGCUGUGCCAGGUGCCCCGUGCAGCCCGCAGUGGCGUGGGGCUGGGCCCAAGCGGAGAGCGCCUCCCCUGGCCUCAUCUCACCGCGGGGCAGCUGGGAAGAGCGAAGGGAUAAAAGGGCGUGUGCCUCGCCCCCACGAUCACUAUUUUUAUAGCUGAUUUUAGUUGUCCCUCCGGCCCCCGGGGACCAGCUCGCCCUUCCAACUACUCUGAUUGCUUUGAAAAGAAACCUGGCUCCUGUCCUUUGUGAGUUUUUCUCAGAAGCAGCCGCCUGCAGCCACGCGGGAGGCCCGCCAUGGUAACGUCCUGCCGUGAGAAGGCCUUGAGCUCCAUGAACGCUGCACACGCUGGCCCGUGGCUCUGAGCCUGUGGAGUGAGGACGUCUCUCUCAUGUCCCAACUCAGCCACCGUCCACCCUCCGGUGCAUGGCAUGGUCCAGGGCAGGCGUGCUGUCUGGCGGGGGGUGGCCAGCACCGCCUGUGGGCUGAGGCCCGCCCUGCCCGCUCCAUCCAUCCUUCAGCCCUUUUGUGUGACCCUGGCUUCACUCCAAUGUGUGAAAACUUCACAGCACCCAAGACAGUUUCUGACCGUGACUUGAUUUGAACUGGAGUGCAAACAGACUUGCAAGGCAGAACAUUUAUUCCAAACCUUAGUUUUAUCUAUUUUUGUAAAAAGCCGAAUAUUUUAUAAAGGUAUGGGCUGCGGAUGUCUUACCUGAGUGAGUGUGGAGUGCGUUCCUUGCCAGCUAACUGCAGCAAAGGUUUCAGAAGGAGCUGGCACGGACGUGGGCCCGGCUGA